AUGCCUACAUUCUUUGAUGUUGUAUUAGACACUCAGAAACUCCAUGCUAUAUCUCAAUGGCUAGAUGGUCGCUCAGAUUCUACUAUUUACGAUUACAUCUAUCAUGUAAAUGCGGGAGCUGGUUUAAAUCUAUUUGAGGGUGAUAUUAAAGGAUACCAUAAACACCAUCAUCAUUCUAAUAGGGCAGCAAUAAGAAACAGCAGCGCUUUAUGGAACACAAGAAUAGUUCCCUAUGAAUUUGAUCCUAUUUUCAAGCUAGAAGACAGACAAGAUGUCUUAAAGGCAAUAGAAGAUUUCCAUAACAAUACAUGCAUCAGAUUCAUACCGCGAACAACUCAGAAAGACUAUAUUGUAUUUAAACAACUAAAUGGGUGUUUCUCUAACAUUGGAAGACAAGGUGGUUCACAGAAUGUCUCAUUGGCUUCAGAUUGUCUGAAGAAGGGCACAGCCAUCCAUGAGUUAAUGCAUGCUGUAGGUUUCUUUCACGAACAAAGUCGCCCCGACAGAGACUCUUGGGUUCGGGUGAUUAAAUCGAAUAUAAUCCGUGACAAAGUAAAGAACUUUGAUAAAUUAAGUUCAAUGGAAGUGGAUACCUUAGGUAUUACGUAUGAUUACGGCAGUGUUAUGCACUACUCCAAGACAGCGUUUAGCAGAAACGGCAAUCCUACAUUAUUACCCAUCCGGAACACUAAAGCGGAAAUAGGUCAGAGGCACGGCUUCAGUCAGCUCGACAUCGAUAAAGUUAACACGUUAUACAGAUGUGGUGACAUUGCACCCACGAAUCCAACAUUGCAUCCUACACCGGUCCAUAGUCCCUCAAUCUCUAUAAGUGGUCUGAUGAAUCUUCAGUCAUCUCCUUGUCAGAGUAAUGGAUGGCUACCCUGGUCGAAAUGGUCAAGAUGUGACUUAAAUUGUCAGCAACAACGCCAGAGAUUUUGCAGACCAGAAUGUUCCGAUCUCCGGGAUUGUCCUGGCAGCUCGAGGGAGGUCCAGAAUUGUCAAAACACUUGCAGACGCGCUUACUAUGUUGGAUGUUGGAAAAUAGAUGUAAGCAAUAUGACCAUAUCAUCAGCUGGAAACUUCCGCGGUUUAAUUUUCGACCAACUAGAGAUCGUGAGGAAAUGUGCCGAUAUUGCAGCGUCCAAUGGUUUCUCUGUGUUUGCCAUGUUUAACAACACCGAAUGUCUAACAGACGACAAUGCCUUUAGAACUUUCUCCUUGUUAGGUCUGUCCAACGACUGUGGAAUCUCAUCUAUGGGAGGAACGCACGCCAUCAGUGUCUAUACGUACGAAAAACAUAUGAAUGGGGGAUGGGGUCCUUGGGGAGGUUGGCAGCAGUGUGAUCAUAGCUGUGGGGGAGGGAAGCAGUAUCGAUACAGACUCUGUAAUAGUCCUCCGCCUGUGGGUGAUGGUGCACAGUGUCAGGGAAGUGACAACGAAGAGAGAGAAUGUAAUAAACAGGAUUGUGUUGAAAAUCCAAUGUGUGGGAAGAAGUUUUACACAAGCGAGUCUGGAGAGGGUGGAAUCAUUAAUCUUAACAACUACAACAACUCCAUGGAAUGUAACUAUGAAAUCGAGACACGCAGUCUCUUUAGCAUCUCUCUCCUAAUCACCAGAAUGGACAUCGAACUAAGUGCAGGUUGUCAAUUCGAUGCCCUUAUGGUAUACGAUGAAGGAAAUAGUUCGAGUUUAAUUGGAACGCACUGUGGUAACAUCAAUCCGUACCCGAUGAUCUCAUCCUCCAAUAAAGUCAAACUUACAUUCCAGUCAGAUGAGACCAUCACCGGAGCAGGGUUCACCAUGUACUACACCAUCAAUAGCGGACAAAAGAAGACUUGUAUUGAACCAGUACCUACAGCCCAUUGUUUUGUUACAUACAGCACUCACUUUGUGGGAGAUACAGUGACCUACCAAUGCCAUAAUGGCUAUCAAUUUAAAAAUCCAAAACAUCCAGCCACCCUGACCUGUUUAGAUCAACCUGCUUUUGCAGUGUGGUCCGACAUGUUCCCUGUUUGUGUCAGAACUUUCCGUUCAUCAAGGAUAAGAAUUCCAACACUCUGUGACUUUGAGGGAAACUUGUGUGGAUUUAGUCAAAGUUAUGAAGAUUAUUUUGACUGGUGGGUUGAUAAACCAAAAGACACGCAGUACCUACAAAAACCACGACUUGACAAUAAAAAUUCCACUAAAGGAAGUUUUCUUUACACGGAAUCGUUACGCCGAGGAGCUUUUGAUGAUUAUGCCGAUAUAUUUUCCAAAACUUACGAAAUUCAAUCUGCAAGAGGGUAUUGCUUGGCGUUUUCCUACUCCGUCUAUGGUAGUGACGAUUCCACCCUUAAAGUUUAUGUCAAAGAUGUGACAUCAGAGCUUCUAUCCAAUCCACUUACUUUAACUUCAAAACUAUAUGAUGAUUGGGGAAAAACAAUGAUCGAUAUGUAUCCACAGAACCAUUUUCAGAUAAUCUUUCGUUAUACAAUGGGAACCGGAUACGGAAGUUCUGCUGCUAUUGACGAUGUCAUACUACAUGAAGGUUCAUGUAAACAAAACUUAAUCAAAUAA